AUCAAUAAAGUGAUAUAUGGAGUAUGGCAUCCAAAUAUGGUUUAAAGCAGGUGCAAUACGCGUAUCUGCUUGGUUAUGUCUCUCUGUUUACAUUGAUUAUUAGGAUUUCUCGCUACGUUUUAUAUUCUUUAAACGGAAUUAAUACAUAUAUAAAUUGCGUUACUAGUUGAGGCUGAUUCGAAUCAAACAUAGUGCAGUACAAUAUAGAAAAGACACAAGUGUGCUAUACACGAAAACUCAAUUAGUUUUGAUUUUACGUUUUUUGCUGGUACUGUCGUUCCAGAUGUUGGGAAACGUUGCCAAACGCAUUUCCCUACUAGGAAAUAAAAGUAUACUGCUUAAAAGAUAUAAUUUAACACAAGCCGUGCUCAAUAACAUUAGAAGCAAACGGUUCACGAUAUCCUCUAAGGAUUCUAAGGAUCUGCGCACGACAGCAGAAACUGAUGAUAUUGAUGAAACUAGUCAGCCUAUUAAAUUUUCUUCAACAAAGGCUGCUACUAUGAGAGUUAACGAAUACCGUAAUCCAUACGGAGAUAGUGUACCAUGGUAUCAGUCAUACGCUGUGAUGUUAAGCUUAGCUGUCUUUUUAAUUUACUUCUGUAUCUUGAGAGAGGAAAACGACAUUGAUUUGAUGCUUUACAAUGACUUGGGAGAUACACUAAACACAGUUUCAAAAGACGACAGAACGAAACAUCACUCAUCAUAACUCAAGAAAUGAAACUUAAUGUUUUAAAUGUUAUUUUUAGUUGUAUCAUAAAAUUACCUCCUUGUUAUUUAAUAAAAUAACUUUAUUGUAGUAUAAUAAAUAUCCCAUUUUUU